AUGGUUUUUGCUUUGGAAACUGACUGUGUUCAGGAUUCAACAGUGUCAACAGAGCUGCCUUGGGAUGAGCCAAGGACAAAGCCAUCUGCCCUGGGUGCGGGCCCCCGGGAGAGCCCACGGAACCCCCCGAAGCUGCUGAGCAUUGGAUUGCUGCUGUGCUCUCUGACUUGCCUCUUGUUGGAAACCGUCACUUUGUCUCUGUCACCUGUAUCUGCCUUCGGAAUACAAGACCAGGAUGGAUUGGAACCACGCUCAAGGGAAACUUCCAGGUCCUGGCUGAGCAACUUCAGUGAUUACCUGCGGGAUCUCAUCAGGAGCUCCAUCCCUACAGCUGCCAUUUUUGCUUUUCUGAUCAUUUCAGCAAUCAUGGGGACCCUCUGUUGCCUCACGUGA